AUGCUUUCCCUGAUGCUUUCCCUGAUGCUUUCCCUGAUGCUCUCCCUGAUGCUUUCCCUGAUGCUCUCCCUGAUGCUUUCCCUGAUGCUCUCCCUGAUGCUUUCCCUGAUGCUUUCCCUGAUGCUUUCCCUGAUGCUUUCCCUGAUGCUUUCCCUGAUGCUCUCCCUGAUGCUCUCCCUGAUGCUCUCCCUGAUGCUUUCCCUGAUGCUUUCCCUGAUGCUUUCCCUGAUGCUUUCCCUGAUGCUUUCCCUGAUGCUUUCCCUGAUGCUUUCCCUGAUGCUUUCCCUGAUGCUCUCCCUGAUGCUCUCCCUGAUGCUUUCCCUGAUGCUUUCCCUGAUGCUUUCCCUGAUGCUUUCCCUGAUGCUUUCCCUGAUGCUCUCCCUGAUGCUUUCCCUGAUGCUCUCCCUGAUGCUCUCCCUGAUGCUCUCCCUGAUGCUUUCCCUGAUGCUUUCCCUGAUGCUUUCCCUGAUGCUUUCCCUGAUGCUCUCCCUGAUGCUUUCCCUGAUGCUCUCCCUGAUGCUCUCCCUGAUGCUUCCUGAUGCUUUCCCUGAUGCUUUCCCUGAUGCUUCCCUGAUGCUUUCCCUGAUGCUUUCCCUGAUGCUCUCCCUGAUGCUUUCCCUGAUGCUCUCCCUGAUGCUUUCCCUGAUGCUUCCCUGA